GAAUGUCCAAACUUUCCACCUUGGCAACAUCAAAUUGAAAUAGGUUUCCUUUUCUACCACCAGCAAUUGUCCUACAAUACCUGCAUUGCAUAGAUUGCGAUACGAUACCUCUUCCAUCCAGUUUAUUAGAUAGAGAGUUGCGGACAUUUAGCAUCCACAAUAUAGACCAGAGGGUCAUCGAAGCGAAGCAUCUUUGUUGCAGUUGAGGUUGAAUGGGGGGAGGAAAGCAACAACAUUCCAACGAUCUUAUUCAAUCAACAUCGUCAGGGAUAAACUUAUCUACUGUGAAAUACGGCCAAUAAUCAGUUUAACCGAUGACGGCAGUCGCAAAUCCACCAAGUUUCCCGCAGAUCAACAGGUCGGCAUGGGGAUCUAGUGUUAACCAAGGAGGAAUGAAUGCUAUUAACGGCGACGAAGUGGGCAGAAUGUUUAUGCCACGAAAAAGCGCUCAGCGUGCCAACUCAUCUUCGUCGAUAACUUCAUUAUCUUCAAUUUCUUCCACUUCAUCCAACUCGACGGUAUCGCAACAGACACCGCAGACUAAUGGCGUACCGAUGUCCUCGUCUAAUGAAUCAAACAAUUGGGGUACGGCAGCGGCACGGAAGAAGGUCCCAAGAGUGCAACCGCCAUGGACCAAUAAAUCAGACUCGGCCCCUGGUUCCCACACGACACGGCAACCCCCAUCGGCCUUGACAAAUGGAAAUUCUGGUUCAUCUAUGACUCCAUUGCAUCAGCCGGCUCCCAUGGUACCAUCCCAACAUGUUACACCAAAUGGAUCACAGCCGAUCAGACCCCAGGGCCAACCUACGGAAGGGGAGCCAAUGCUUUACUUGUUAUCAAUGAACGGCACAUUUGAUCACAAGAGGAUAUCAGUACCCUUCUACCCGGAUAGCUUGAGGAUUGGGCGUCAGACAAAUGCUAAAACAGUACCAUCGCCUGCGAAUGGAUUUUUUGAUUCGAAGGUACUAUCGAGACAACAUGCAGAGAUUUGGGCAGAUCGUAGUGGGAAGAUCUGGAUUCGAGAUGUUAAAUCAUCAAACGGUACCUUCGUCAAUGGAGCGCGCUUAUCGGCCGAAAACAAGGACUCAGAUCCGCAUGAGUUGCAGUCGCAAGAUCAUCUCGAGCUUGGUAUAGACAUCGUUAGCGAAGAUCAAAAGACUGUUGUACAUCACAAAGUCGCUGCGAAAGUCGAACAUGCUGGUUUUGCGGGCUCAACUAAUAAUGUUCUGGAUAUGAGUUUUGGUGAUUUGAAUCCUGCCAAUGGAUCAAUGAUGUUACCAUCUCAAGGUCCCAUGCUGAGGGGAAGAACUGGAAGCCAAAGCUCAAUAGGUAGUAAUGGUCGCGUGGGACUACCGGGUAGCGUAGCUGGGAGUCAAAUGAGCGUGAUGGGUCAGCAACGCCCGAUGAAUUUCUGGUUAACACCCGUUACAACAGAGCAGAUUGUGAAGAGGCUUUCUCACGAGAUGCGAACAGCUCGAUUGCAAAAUUCCGACCUUGGGCGAGCAGACAACUUUUUUGGCGGCCUGUUAUCGAAAGAUAGUGUGAAAGAACUUGAGAGUGCUCCAAAUGUAGAACUAAAGCCUUCAGCAAACGGUUCCGCUUUAUCUUUUAGGGCUGAAGGAAAACCUCGAUUUUCUGAUCCUCCAGCGCCGCCGCCCCAACAACCUCUUCCUGAAAAGCCAGAUGUUGCCCGUUCUCACAACUUUGAUCCCUCUUCACCUACUGCCUCAUUGAGAAGAUCCAAUACAGAAAAGCAGAGGUCUUUAGCGAAUGGUUCUCCUGUAAGAGAAGUCAGUAGUCAAAUAAUCACGUUGGUGGAGGCAUUGGCAUCGGCAAAGAAAGAGAUCGACUCUCAAAGUGCUCGGAUGCGGGACUUAGAGGAAAUGCUUCAAAAGGAACGACAAGCACGAGAAACUGCGGAAGAAAUGGCGAAACGAUUGGAGCUCCACACACCGGACAAAAACUUGAACGGAAGUGCCAGAUCUGGGAUGGAAGGUUCAAUACUCGAAGAUGCUUUUGAGCCACCCUCAGAUGAUAUUUCAUCACAAGAGAAAGCCGAUAUACAAGUGGACGCUAAUGGCAUUGCCGACUCAUCUCGUCUGUUGGAACAGCGCCUUGAAAUCAUGGUUUCUGAUAUGCAGGAGCUGCGAUCCCAGAUGGAGUCAUAUAAGAAAAGAGCAGAAAGCGCCGAGGGGGAGAGGGAUACCGACCGAAAAACCUUAGCAGAGAUGAUUGAAAAAAUUCGUUUGGAUGAGCAACUCAGACAACUGUCUUCCGACCGAUCCCGAUCUCCAUCGAAGCAGGCUUUUGAAAAACAUGUCAACGGGACUGCGAAUGGAGGCGAUCUGGCACUGCAUUCCACAAGACGACCAAAUGGUUUGAAACAUACCUCAUCGGAAAAUGAUGAUCUUCAUGCAUCGCUCACACGUGCGAUCGCUUCAAAGAAUGUCAAACACGAUCCUCUAUUAUACCACUCGACACCUUAUGUCUCGAUGCUUGGCGUUGUCAUGGUUGGUAUGGGGUUGAUGGCAUAUCUCAACGGUUGGUCACCAUCAAAAGCGGACCAAUAAACCGCACAAUCUUUUAAUACACGUUUUCUUUUAUGUUCGAAUCAAGCGCAAAUACCAUUCACGCGUCAUACAUCGGGUCAUCGAGACCAAACCUCUGUAUUUAGUCUCUUUUGUAAUUUUCACGGGGUCCGAAGAUUGUUUAGUUUUGCAUGUGGGCGUUGUGGGGUUGCGGGAUUGUUGGAAUCGUGGCAUUGGGGCAAGCGGGCAUGGGCAAGCGGUAGGGGCACAACAAUACCAAGAUUCUGGUUUCGUUUGAUUGUUUGAGGGGAAAUGGAUAGGUUCAUCCAUAUACAUAUACCAAAACGGGUUAGGGAAUGGUAUGGACGCUUGAAUGGGUUGAAUGGCCAUUUAUCACUUUGGUAGAAUAAUUCCUUACAGUUGUUGACGAUAGCACAAAGUGGACCCGUUACUGGCACUUUCGAUAUUCUGAAAAUGUUCAGCUGAAGUGGACACUUGAGGCUCUAUCGCUUUUCUCCUUUUUUUCAUUUCUCUCGUGUUUUUCUUAUGCAUGGAAAUAAUUUGCCCCAAAUUAAACUUGUGGGUCAUGAAUAGCCUUUCUCGUGUCUUGCAGACUCUCAGUCAACUCUUUAUCGGACGCUAUGUGCUUCUUAGGUUUAUCAAUUAGAAACUCUGAAGUCUGUACUACUAGGCCUCUAAUAGUAUGC